AUGUCACAGCCAGCAAACGGGCUCCUGUCGGCCUCCUCACCCGAAUCUGCGACAACGAGCCUGUUGGUGUCUACGAAGCAGCUGGUGGAGGCUCUGGCAAAAUGGGGUCAGUCAAAAAUGAGCGAAGAGGCAGUCAGUAACGUCUACGUGCGCAUGGGUAACGACUUCAAUGCCGUCGUCGUUGUGUCCAGACAGCAUGUCAACGUGCAUGUCUUUCUACUAUUAUUCAGGGAUAUGGCAUCGAUUCCUGACGACUUGCGAAUGGUGUUGGAGGAAUGUCUCGCUGAAGAAGCCACUCCCGAAAACCUCAGGCUCGAGCUCUAUCUACCCAGACACACCUCAACCUUCUCCGGCUCUACUUCUCGCCUUCCACCCCCAGGCCCGUGGCAACUAGGGAUGUCCCGACCACCAAGCUCCUCGCAGUCGAAUGGGCACUCUUCCCGUCGCGAUAACCAAUCAAUCUCUUCAAAUGCGUCUUCAUCAGGCAGGAGUGACCGAACAGCUCGACAGCCCUCACUCGCGGUUGAAUCGGCGGUCACUCGCCUCUUGGUAUCGAUAAAGCAGCUAUUGGAGGCUUUGACACAAUGGAGUCAGCUGAGAAUGGACGAGGAGGGCGUCAGUAACGUCUAUGUGCGGCUAGGGAACGACUUUAAUGCAGCUGUGGCUGCAUUCGGGCAGUUCAACAUCGAAAUGUCGGAGCUGCUAUCUGUACCAGACGAUUUACGAACAGUGCUCGAGCAGUGCCUCGCCGAAGAUGCCACGACUGAAAACCUCGAGAUAUACCUACCAAGCGUCCGGCAAAUUAUCACGAAUCUUCUGCAAGGGCUGCGAGGCAAGCAGUCUAUCUACCGGAGAAUCGUCUCUGAUCACCGAAAUCGGUCGGGGGAGGAGCGAACGGAAAGGUCAUCGCGCACGAGUGGCUCCUCCCGACAUCGCUCGCAAGGAUCGAGGGCUCAGGCGAGUGAAGAUGGGUCGGAGGCUGGGGGCAGCAGUCGUCGGAGUGUGCAAUCGUCUUCUGGACGCCGGAGGGAGCAUCUCUCUCAAGCCACUUCUCAGGCGGGCAGCGACUUUGUUGGAGGGUUCGCACCGACGAUCAUGGAGUACCCGACGGGCCAGAGCGAAGUUGAGCCAGAGCUUCGGAGAACCCACUCGAAUGAUUUAGUGGAAUCCCAACGGAGGACAGAUAGGCCGGGUCCUUCAUCGCUCUCUCAAACGUCCUCAUCUCCCAGUUUCGGCACACCGAGAAAUGACUCUCAAGAUCUACCUACCCAGUCGCGGAGCGCGACGCCCGCUCCUGAAGAUCCUCCCUUACGCCCAUCAUCACCUCCUCCCGUACCCGUACCAGCUAGUGUCAAACGAUAUUCUCUAGUGGAUAAACCCAUGGAAAAGCCCUCCCCAACUCUCACCCCUACUGUCAUCGUUGAACCCUCAAGUCCUUACGACCAAAACGGCACGGCAUCACCUCCACCUCCAGAUACACCGCCCAUAGACCCGCCUCCAGCGGUUGCCAAAUCCCUGGCUGCUCUCAAGUCUGGCGACGGUAUCCUGGAACGGCGCGCUUCGAAGCGGUUCUCGGUGUACAACAUCUCGAAGAUGACCGGAGCCUCGACCACACGAGAACGCUCUCUAAGAGGUGCGGCAAACCACCCGAACCGACGGUCGCUAGCGGCGAAUGGGAACCUCACCGCAGGUGAACUAGCGGUGCUUACGGAGGUAGACGACGAAGAUGAUGCGGCGGCUCAGGAAGAGAAGAGGAUUCCAAGGGCAAUUACCCCGGACGCGCCGCCAGUGCCGCCUUUGCCUUCGACACCUUCGCGGACGCCAGAGCCUACGGUGGCUGGACCAGAUCGGGCUGCUCCGCCUAGUGGACCGCCUACUGACCCUUCGAAGAUUACUAUAUUCCUGCAGCUCGGCAGAGAGGUGAAGAAGGUCACGGUUGAGCCCGGCAUUUCUUUUGCUUCGCUGCGAGUGCUAUUCGUAGACAAGUUCUCGUACACGCCUGGGCAGGAGAACUUCCCUGCGAUCUAUAUUCGCGAUCCGUCGAGCCAUGUGCAGUACGAGCUGGAAGAUACGGACGAGGUCAAGGAGAAGUGCUUACUCUCGCUCAAUAUUGAACCUCUCGAUCAAAUCAAGCAACACAUCGACACUCAAAUAUCGCACUUGUCGAACGAUAUCAAGGAACUCAAGCUGGCUGUGGCUAGUGGCAACAGGCCUGCACCUAUUGCGGACAUCGUCGCCCAGCCCCUUGCUGAAAGCACACCAGCGCCGAAUAGACCCAGUGACCGUCAGUUCCAGACUGUCGCUCGACGGCUCUCGCGGUUUAUUGGUGACAGCACGCCCUCGUUCAUGUCGCAGAUGCAACCACCCAUGCCCAGUCCCAUCCCGCCGCAGGUAACGGGCCAAUCACUCCAACCACAAAUGACUGGCGCCUCUGUUAUGUCGGAAUACACGAGUAGGGUGGUGACGGACCUCAAGACGCAGUUUGACGAGGUGCAGAACCUCCGACGCGAUCUCGGCAUUAUGAGGCAGCUCUACACGGAGUUCAUGAAGUCGACGAAGGAGUCGCUGGGUGCGCUGCGUACACAAACACAGUCGGUGAAGCAGCUCGCUGACUCGAACGUUGGUGGCGCUCGCGCAUACAUCGACUCGGGCAAGAAGAAGCUCGACAUGCGGAGCCAGAACGUGCUGACCGAAGUGGAGAAGCUGCAGGACAUCGUCGAGAGCAUGAAGGACGACGUGAUCAAGCGGCAGGUGACACCGAACGUGGUGCUGUUCAAGUCGAUCAAGCGGGACAUGGACUCGGUGGCGACGGAGCUCGCGAGCCUGUCCGAGCACAUCAACACGAUCAAGCCGAUGUGGAAGAAGACGUGGGAGGAGGAGCUGCAGAACAUCGUCGAGGAGCAGCAGUUCCUCACACACCAGGAGGAGUUCCUGAGCGACCUGCUAGAGGACCAUAAGGCGAUGGCGGAGGUGUACGGGCACGUCGAGAAGGUGAUCACGCUGCGCAAGCCGAGCGGGGGCGGGGGUGCACCACGUGUGCGCUCGCGCGGGUUCAAGCCGCCCCCGCGCGAGGAGGGCCACGAUGGGCUGAGCACGGUGAUGCUCGAGAUUAGAGGUGCGGCAGUCGACCCGGAGAAGCGGCUCAAGGCGAUCGAGGCGAACCAGAAGAACAGGGAGAAGGACCUUGCAGCGCGCUCGGACCACCUUCACUCGGAGCUGCAGGAUUUUGUGGGGCAUAAGAAGCUGAAGCUGACGGGGGGCGCGGAGGAGGCGGAGCGCGUGAGGCAGAGACGGAACGAGCAGACGCUGAAGGCGAUGUUUAGUGGGUCCUAG